CCAACCAAAAUCUUUCCUCCUAAACGACACCGCAUCAAAUCUCCUCUCCCGCUCUCUGCUUUAUUUGCUCUCUUUUUUUCCGCUAUUUUACCCACCACCAAAUUCAUAUCUGCCAUCAUCUGAACUCGGUCAUGGGACAAGUCUUAGACAAAUUUCACGGGAAGGAGUGGAAAAAGAAACAGAUUAGGAAAAUAAGUGACAAGGUCUAUGAGCGUAUCACAGUUCAAUCAGGAAGCGCUACUUUAACUUUUGAAAACCUAUAUAUUGCUGUCCUACUUGUAUACAAUGAUAUUAAUAAGCUUUUGCCUGGACCACACUUUGAUCCACCUUCUAAAGAGCAAGUCAGAUCAAUGAUGCAGGAGUGUGACUUCAACCUUGAUGGAGAACUUGACCAUGAAGAAUUUGUGGAAUUCAUUCAACGGCUCACGACCGACACAUUAAUUGUUGUUAGUCAGGGACUGAUUGUCACUUUGGUUGUUGCUCCAACUGUUGCCAUGACGACAAAGAAGGCUACUGAGGGUGUUCCUGGUGUUGGGAAAGUGGUGCAGAAGUUACCCAAUUCGAUUUAUGCAUCCCUUGUGACCCUUGCCAUUGUUUUGUUUCAGACUUCGCGUGAAGAGGUUUAGUUGAGCACUCUAUCUUUUCUGUCAAAUUACCGUCUCCGUAUAUGAGAUUAUAUCUCAGUUUGUAUAGUAUGUCUUUCGAGUUGGCUUAACUAUCCGAAGACCAACAUUUCUGGAACUUCGUUAUAGAAUUAUUAAUUUGUGGUAAUGUCUAUAAUGAAAAUGUAAAUGAAGUUCUGGGAAA